GAUGAUGACACCACACUCUUCACCGGCAUGAUCUAUUUGGGCUGUGCAAUUGUCAAUGCACCGAGGAGCGAGUUGGAGGUCAAUAGGAACAUGGUCAUCCUCAACAACCAAUCAAAUCAGGCGGUCCAAGUGACCCUUGCCGUUCCUAGCCACUCACAAGGAGCCGUCUAUUUGUUGGACCCGUCGACCAAUCAAGAAAUUGCAUCAUUCUGCAUUCAGCAAAUUUUAUUUUGUGCCCGGGGUCCGAAUGAUACCAAAGAGUCUAAAUGUUUUGCAUUCACUUGCAGUCACAGCGAGACUGUGGAGACUGCCAUAUUUCAAUGCCAUGUCUUCAGGAGCGAUGAUGCUGAUAAUGUCGGCAAGAUAUUGUACAACUUUGCAACGGCAUUCAGAAGAACUUUGAAAGCACAACAACAACCGGCAACUUCAACCUCACAGAUGGCCACAACAUCAUCCACCACACCAGCGACAUCUGCAGCUGAUUGCAAUCUUUUUCACUUUGAUGUCACCCUCGACAUCAAAGAAUUGGACCCUCGAAGUCAGACGUACGUCAGCUGCCCAAAAGAUAAGAACGUGAUCAAGAUGAGGUGCAAUGUUCCUAAGAAGGUCGUCAUCCACAUCUCUCAAAUGAGUGGCCUCCAGUCUAUCAAGUUGGACAAAUGUUUCGGAGUGUUGCUGGGUGCGGGGCGCAACAUAAAGACUAGUGAAAUGAACUUGCUGGAGAUUGAGGACUUCAAUAAAUCCGUGGACUGUUCGACCUUCAACAUCGCAGCCACUUGGGACCCCACCCUCUCCCAGUACAACCUCAUCAACGCUGAAACCCCUAAAGAUUCCAGGAUGUUCAUGACGGUUGCAGUUGAUGUUGUCAUGGACCUGAUUAGAGAACCGAUCAGAUUCCUCUUCGAAGUGAAAGUGAAAGUCUUCCCAACCAAUCAGAAGUUCUGGUACUUCACCAACAAGUCCCUGUACAACAAGUUCGCCGUUCGUGUUAAGGAGGUUGGCGGUGAUAAUGAUGAUGGUGGUGAUGACGAUAUUGUACGUAAAUGCGUCACAACAUCACCACCACCAUCUUCAUCUUCGUCACCAUCUUCAUCUUCACCACCACCACCAUCAUCUUCACUACCACCAUCAUCAUCACCAUUGCCGUCGUCAUCAUCACCAUCACCAGACAACGACGAACCACUGUUGAGUGGGAGUGGUGCGGUCAGUAAGGAGGUGACCGAUGAGGCUCUGCUCGAUAGUUGGAAAGAUGUUCUCAUCAAAUGGCACCAGAAUGUGAGUCAGCGACCGAAGACGGUGGAGGGGUUGGUGAGAAGGGGGGUGCCCGAGGCUUUGAGGGGGGAGGUGUGGCAGCUGUUGGUGGGCUGCACUGAUGACCAGCAGAUGUUUGAAACCUACAGACUUCUCAUUGCUAAGGACUCUCCAUCAGAGGAAAUGAUCCAGAGGGAUUUGAACCGAACCUUUCCAGCCCACGAGUUCUUCAAGGAUGUCGGAGGGGGAGGGCAGGAGUCACUCUACAAGAUAUGCAAGGCGUACUCAGUUUAUGACGAAGAGAUCAAUUAUUGUCAGGGUGUUUCGUUCUUGACAGCUGCUCUUCUGCUACAUAUGCCCGAGGAGCAAGCCUUCUGCGUGCUGACGAAGAUAAUGUACGACUACAAGCUGCGAGAUCUCUUCCGACAGGACUUCGAAGACCUCCACCUCAAGUUCUACCAACUGGAGCGCUGCAUGGAGGACCAACUGCCCGACCUGUACGAUCACUUCAUGGACCUCGGGCUGGAGGCCCACAUGUACGCCUCCCAGUGGUUCCUCACCCUCUUCACCGCCAAGUUCCCCCUCUUCCUCGUUUUCUACAUUCUCGAUCUCUUCAUCAGCGAGGGCAUGAGUACAAUAUUUGGGAUUGCACUGGCCCUUCUUAAGAUGUCUCGCAAGGACCUACUGACACUGGACUUCGAAGGCGUCCUCAAAUACUUCAGGGUGCAUCUACCCAAGAAGUACAGGUGCGAUGAGGUCUCCAAGGAGAUGAUCAAUAUGGCCAUCUCGCUCAAGCCCUCUAACAAGAAGCUGAAGAAAUACGAAACAGUCUUCAAAACUUUCAGAGAGUCACAACUCCAGCAGGAAGAUCCGGUCGAUAGGCUGAAGCGAGACAACAAGCGCCUACAAGAGACGAACAUGAGGCUGGAGAGAGAGAACGAUGACCUGGCCAGUGAACUGGUCAACAGCAAGAUCCAGCUGAGAGGAGAACUUGAUAAGGUUGAAGACAAAUAUGACUACGUGAACAAGGAGUUGCUGCUCUGUCGUUCACAACUCGUCGAAGUGGAAGAAGAGAAGAAAAGAUUGGAGGGGGAAGUUGGCCAGUUGAAAGAUCUGUGCAGAAGGGAAUCGGAGCAGGCAACUUCCAACAACGCCAAAAAUAUGAACAUCAUUCAAGACUAUAAACAAAUAUGUUCGGAGUUGAGUAUGAGGAUUGAAUCGCUCUCCACCUCCCACAAGAAGGAAUUGAAGCUCAUCAAGGAAGUGGUGGAGAGAUGUGCCAGCUGCAGGGAUGUCAUCGUUAGCAGGGAUGGCAGCUGGAAGGAUCCACCAACAUCGCAACAACAAAACGCUCCAGCCAGUGAGAGUGCAGACCUCUCGAACGCCAUCCAAUCAGAGCAGGCCAUCAGAGAUCUCGAGUUGGAAUUGGCUCAGACCAAGUUGGCUCUAGUCGAAUGCGAAUGCAAGAACCAAGAACUCAUCCACCAGCUGACGUCAUCAUCUUCGUCAUCACCAACUCCGCCUACAUCAUCGGCAUCGUCAUCGUUAUCAUCAUCGUCAUCAUCGACCAAUAAAAAUAAUUCCUGGCUCCAGAAAACAUUAACCUCAAUCAAAGAAGCUACCACCAAUGUUAAGGCAGGCGGCAUCACAUUUGGAGGCAACUGA